GUGAAAACUAAGAGACAGUGUUUUCCCAGGAGUACCUUGAGUCUAAUGAGGGGUGUCUUGAGUUUAAAAAAGGGUAAGAACCACUGCUGCAGGAAUUAUCCAUAUACAAUGUUGAUGGUUGGUCACUAGGUUCCCCUCAUUAAAACCAUACAGCUAAGUCAGCAGAGAGUAGUUUUGGCCCAUUACCAGCAGCUUAUCAACAUCUACCUCUCAGAUCCUAUAUUUAGGUACAAAUAAAGUCACUGAGGGAGAACUAAAGAUUUGCAACUGUUAAGUGAUUAGCCAUCCUGCAACAGGGAUUGGAGCAUAAAUGGAGAUUAGUCACAUAUAGCACGGGCUGCAUUGUGAUGAGCCAUGUCUUGUGUUUUCAGAGACUGCGUGAAGGUGUACUCAGAGACCUCGAGAGACAAAGUCGCAAACAAGAGAACAUUCGCCUUUUAGAAGAACAGAUUAUUUUGACCAAGCAUCUGGAAGCAGAAAGAGACAGGCAGGCUCUGGCCAGAGGACCCCAGCAAUCCUAGAUGUAGAACGGGAGUUUUAGUUUUCA